AUGCAGUUGUGGAAUUCCCUGCUUCUCUCCGUCGGUCCAUCUCAAUUGGUUGUAUGCGAUAAUCAAUUGGUCAAUUUGUGCACCUACUUUCUGCACCGAUGUUCAAUCCUUAUUCACCGCCGUCAUUUGCGCAACAAUCUCAUUCUGCACUUUUCCAACCUCGUGGAUUACGGUCUGCUCUCAGCCAGUCAGUUGCGACAGUUGAUGGCUAUUUACGACAAACUGAUUGCCGCGCACACAGCCUCGAACGGUGGGAAUAGCACUGGUGUCGUUUCAUGUGCAUCAAACGGUGCUUCAAUUAACGGGGCCACGAAUACAACCUCCUCGGCUGGUUCGAGUUUGCCCGCGGCAACUGAAGCAACGGAGGCGUGA